AUGUUUUCUUUCUUUCUUGUGAUUCUAAAUGAAAGCUAUAACCUCUUUUGUCUUUGCAUUUUUUUUCUUCCUUUGUUUUUUCUUUGUUUUUCAUUAUUCUGUUUUCUCGUCUUUUUCUCUGUUUUUCUUAUCCACCAAUUUCUGUCUUUUUUCUUUAUUUUUUUCUGCCCUCACUACUCUCACCGGUUCCCACGACCCUCCCUACUUCCUUUCUUCCUUCGCUCUUUCCUUUGUCAAUGUCACAUGCUCUCCUCGUGUGAUGUAUACCCUUCUAUCUAUGUACACAAACAAAUCGCGAGAGAGAAUGCGCUUAACGCGCGCGCAUACACACUAUCUAUCUAUCUAUCUAUCUAUCCCCAUAUCUAUCUAUCUAUCUAUCUAUCUAUCUCAGUCUUCAUAUCUAACUCAGAUCUAUCUGUCUCAGUUUGUUCAUAUCUCAGACUGUUCAUAUCUAUCUAUCUAUCUAUCUAUCUAUCUUUCUUUCUCAGCCUGUUUAUAUCUAUCUCAGUCUUUUCAUAUCUAUCUAUCUAUCUAUCUAUCUGUCUUUCUCAGCCUGUUUAUAUCUAUCUCAGUCUUUUCAUAUCUAUCUAUCUUUCUCAGCCUGUUUAUAUCUAUCUCAGUCUUUUCAUAUCUAUCUAUCUAUCUAUCUGA